AUGACUGACAUAGUUAGCCCCGCACCUACUAGUCCAGACUCGCCCCCAAUACUAGUUGUACUAUCUAGUACAUCUAGUACAUCUAGUACAGCUAGUACUACUAGUACAACUAGUACAACUAGUACAACUAGUACAAGUAGUACAACUAGUACAGCUAGUAUAACUAGUACAAGUAGUACAACUAGUACAACUAGUACAACUAGUACAACUAGUACAAACUGUACAACUAGUACAACUAGUACAACUAAAAUAUCUGAUGAAAAGUCUUUAUAUUUAGAACGUAAAGAGAAUGCAAUUCAACAAGUCCGUUUUCGUAAGAGAUGUACCUAA